AUGUUGCACCAAAAUGCCAAGCGGAAAUCAGUGGCCAAUGAUACUGUUUUUAGGGAUCUGGAAUCUCUUGAUGCCUAUAUCCAGAGGACGCUCUCUGCCUUGUACCCACCGUUUGAAGCCACGGCAGCCACGGUGCUCUGGCAGCUGUUCAGUGUGGCUGAGAGGUGCCACGGUGGGGAUGGGCUGCACUGCCUCACCAGCUUCCUCCUCCCAGCCAAGAGGGCCCUGCAGCACCUGCAGCAGGAAGCCUGUGCCAGGUACAGGGGUCUGGUCUUCCUGCACCCAGGUUGGCCGCUGUGUGCCCAUGAGAAGGUGGUGGUGCAGCUGGCGUCCCUGCACGGAGUCCGGCUCCAGCCCGGGGACUUCUACCUGCAGGUCACAUCGGCGGGGAAGCAGUCAGCUAGACUGGUCUUGAAAUGCCUGUCCCGGCUGGGAAGGGGCACAGAGGAAGUCGCCAUCCCUGAGGCCAUGUAUGGCUGUGUCUUCACGGGGCCAUUCCUGGAGUGGGUGAACCAGGAACGGAGCCACGUUCCCCUGCGCACCUGCCUGCUGACCUCAGGCUUGGCUGUCCACCGAGCCCCGUGGAGCGACAUCACUAACCCUGUCUUUGUCCCCAGCCCUGGAGCCAUCCUGCAGAGCUGCUCCAGCUGCACAGGGAAGCACCCCUUCCCCCGACACCCUGACCCCACCCUGCCGCCGAGGGCGUGUGGGCAGCGACCAGCUCAGGCACCUUCCUUACCCAGAAAGAGCCGAGCUGGGAAGGCCCCGGACCCUGUCUGGAAGCUCAGACAGGGACUUCGAAAAGGUCAGCCCCUCAGAGCAGGGCCCACGGAUGCCCCCUGA